AUGUUGAUUAUGAGGAAAUGCCCGCAACAUAAACAUGAAACGAGUAUGAUAUGGACAUCGUCUUCACUAUCAUCAGAACGAACUAAAAGUUGCGAAUCAUUUCUUUCUGGGGACCGUUGUUCUGAACGGGUAUUAGAAUACACGGGUACACGGGCAAAAAAUAUAUUUAAGCCCGUGUAUUUAUUUAUCAUUUCCAGUGUCUAUUGUAUAUUGAUUAAUUAUUAAUUCAGAAUUCAGAUAUAUUUGAAAUAUUAAUAUUAUGAUUGUUCCAGUAAUUAUUAAUUGGUUAUUAAUUAAUAAUAAUAAAAAAAAAACUGUGGCACUGUGCGCAUAUUUGAAGUGAAACUCGUUACGCUAGAUUAAAUUGUAUUGUUUUAAUAAGGAUUGAAAUGAAAUGUUGCCAUCUUAUUCUAUUUUCACAAAAGAUAGCAUAAUGGUCUUAUAAUAACUGAAAUAGUCGUAACAAUAGCGUGGGAAAAAUCCAGAUUUCGGGUAGUUUGAAAAUUCUGAAUUCUGAAAUUGUAAUCCUGGCAGAUUUCUUUUGCUCAGGAUAUGUUAUUAUCUGCAUUCACAUAAGUUAUGUAAAUAUUUUCGAAAUCAGUAUAGUGACCUUGAUAACAUGUUAAAAGACAUCACUUUAAAUAAUCAGAAUAGGUCGAGGAUUGCAUUCAUAGAUAUAAAAGUGGUAUAUUCUGAAAGAGGGACUAUGUAUAAGAAACUAUACAUAAAAAGUUUCUCGGGAUAGUUUUCUGAUUACAUUCACUCGCAGUGUCACUGGUUCGUGUGAGUAUUUUAAUAGCUGAAAACGUGAUUUUCAGUUUCAUUUCAAAAUUAAAUAUAUGAAUAUUAUAGCUCACGUGUAUUUAGAUACUCAGGUAUUAAGAAAACGGGUAUUUUUAUUACACGGACUUUAACCCCGUCAUAGGUAAAACACGGGUAUCCGUAUAGUUCAUUACACGUGUAAUCCCGACCUCUAUUCUAAACGUGACACAAAAUACACAAAAGCACAUCCCAAUAUACUUUUGUUUUCGCGUGUAUCGAAUUUAAAAAUACAAACUGAAACAUAUACAACAAUAAAAUGACUUAAUACAAAUAAAAUUAGCAAAAACGAAUAUUAUGAAAUAAUAAAAAAAAAAAAUUGAUAGACUGACGUAUGUAAAACUGACAUCAAAUCACUAUAAAAAAAAUGACUAGGUAUUGUAAAAUAAUUAUGUAUAACUGGCAUUUAUAUUUAAUAUUUACAAUUAACGUUGUGUUUAUAUUUAUAAUAAUUAAUAUUUUAUUGUUUUUCCGGCCACGUUGUAACGGUACUAUAAUAUGUAUAAUAUGUAUAUUUGAGUUUUAUACAAUUUUUUAUAAAUAAAUGUGGUAAAAUAAUACGCAUAUUUGUUUGAUCUAAGGAUUUGUGCCUAUCACUUAAAAAAUUUGAUAUUUGGAUGUUUGUAUGAAAAUGACUAUUUACCGAAUUACGAUUCAGUGCAGCGAUUCUUGCACCGUUCAAAUGACCGGCGGAGUCGAUAGAUUUUUAACAGGUAAAAAUGUUGUUUCGAUAUAUACCUGAAAACCUAAAUAAAACUGCGGUCAAUGUAUGUAGAGUAAUUAAAAAACCGUUACGCUGUGUUAGGUACCUAUUUCAAAAAGACGGGAUACUCGCAUGUGUCAUCUUCGUAGAACGGGCAACAUAGCAAAAUCACGUUACUUAGAACAGCGGUCGGACGAAUUUGAACGUUAUUUGCAAUAUCGGGUAUUUUAUUAACCUUCCAGCGAACGCGUGUCGUCACGCAAAUAACAUUGUUCAAAAUUUAAAAAAAAAACUCAAUGUCAUCAUAAUUACAAUAGGGCCCUGAACCCACGGCAGUGAUAAGUAAAAUCACAGUAAGUAAUUGCCGGUUGAUUUGAUUUAUUGGUUACACUAUGGCGAUUUUUCAUAUCAAAUUGGUAAGCAUUUAACUAAAUAAAACCCAAUAUGAGUCAAUUUCGUUUUAAACGCAAAGGCACGUGGUGUGCCAUGGCACAUAGUGCCCGCCUUAAGGAGAGGGGGGCAAGUGGUGCGGCCACAACUAGCCCCGUUUUUGUGCGGAGUCCCGCCGCAAGACGUAAAUUAUGUAUUCCAAAUUUAUCAUUUUAUCUACACAUAAUAAUAAUAAUAAUAUUGUCCCAAUAGUACGGAAAUUGCGACCCGUGUGGCCGUGUGGUUUCCUUUUAGGGCACGGCCACACGGCAAAAAUCGAGAUGGUAGGUACCAAAUGUACUAUGCAUAGCUAAUACAAAUAUUAAUUAAUAAAAUAAUAUUUGUAUCUAAGUAAGAAUCUACUCAUUUAAUGUCUAAUAUCAAAAUACAAAUUUUAUUUUAAUUGGUUUCUAUAUGGGUACAAAUUUAGAUUUCUAACAGGACCUUAAAGUUUAUAAAAUUACAUGAAAAUAAUGUCCGCUAGAGAAUAAAAUAAAUAAAUAUAGAUAUAUUUAUAUACGCUGUUGAUUCCGUAUAUUCUGUACCUAUUAUAUUUUGUAAAUCCUAUACAUGAAUUCCCGACAUCGCACCUAAAACUGUGGCCUAUCUAUGGUGUCAAGUGUGUCCGCCUUGCAUCUUACUCUUCUAGUAUGAAGUAUUUCUUUUAUUAAUAAUUCAAUCGAUAAUAAUAAAAUAUGAAUUCUCGUGUAAACCGCAUUCAUUAAUUACUAUUUAUCUAGUUACUUAUAUUUAUGACGCGUCGUGUGUUUUCUCAAUGAAAAGAUAAUAAUAUAGAAUUUUGAUUUAAUCGAUUGAAUUCCUUAUCUAAUAUUUCUAAUUAAUAGUCAAAGUAUUGUGCAUUGGUUAUGAAUAAUUUUGUUUACACUAUCAAAUCGCUUUGAAGUUAGAUAUUACAAAUGUAUGGUUUUAAAUUAACUUAUAACAAUGACACUAAUAAAAUUUGUGUUAAGUUUUUUAUCCACGAUUAUUAUAAUAUCAUAUAAAAAUGUUAAAAUAUAACCACUAUAACCAAUAAAGGUCAAUUAUGAAUUACAAUUACGAUAACGAGUCGCAUAUUUAUCAAAGAAAAAUUGUGAACAAAUUUUUUCUUUCUUUUUAGUUACCCACCUAGUGUUUUAUUUAUUUUGUUGUACGUAUUCGAUUAGUAAAAUUAUUAUAUUAUUUUAUACAAUAGUUGUAGUUUAAUUUAUUUUAGUAAAUUUAACUUAGGCAAUUUAAUCAGUGACGUAAACUCAACAAUUUUAAUUUUUUUCGGUGUUCAUUGUACCCAUACAAAAAUAUCGUAGUGAAAAAGUAUUUACAUUUUAUAGUACCUAAGUGAGGGUAGUUUUUAGUGAACAUCCAUUGCUUGUAAAAUCCCUCCCCCCAUUAAAAUUGAUUCUACCACCAAACCAUCCAAUUAACUUUUGUACUUUUCCCAGUAAACCCUCCAAUGUGAAUAUAUUUUAAAUAUAGUAAUCUUUAUACAUUAUUUAAACGCAAGGCGAUUUCUUUGCACAGCUAUAUUUGGAGUUCUACAGAACCGUUUGGGAUGAUUUUUUUUUUUUUAACAUUAGUGUUUGGUUUGUAGGCGAAAAUUGAAUUUUAAAACAAAAAUAAUUUUUUAAAACAAUUCGAACCAUUAGUUUUCUAUGUAGUUACGUAGCGACGUGCGUUGCUUGCUGCGAGCACGCGUACAUUCUAAUAAACCACCUCCCCCUUCACGUCUUCUGUUGUGUCGUCACUUUUCGUCAUCGGCGACGUGCGUUACUGCCUGCCGUCUGCAUUGUGUACACACAUACUCAUCAUUCAUGACCCCCCACUACUCAUACGUCUACAGCUACGUUAUCAAGAGAAAGAACGCGGUCUACUUUUCAACUCGAAAAUUAAUCAAUUAGCCCCUAAAGGGAGACUGACACGGGAUUUUAGUAUAAAAAUACUAAAAAAAACAAAAAUUGAAUAUUUUUUUUUUAUUAUUAUUUUUCGGUUACGUCGGCUACGCGAAUGAAAAAAAAAUGUUAUAAUUAAUUUAAUUUGUUUUUCACAGACAAGCUAGGACCCUUUUUUAAAGAAAUGAACUAACAGUCAACUGCAAUAGAUAUAAUGGUGGAAAUUAGGAGGUUUCUGCCUGAAGGAUUAGGCCCGGGGAAAUACUGGGUAUUACAGCUAGUAAAAUCGUAUAUUCUACUGGGUGUCCAAUAGGCUGAACCAAGUGUCUAUUUAAACACGGAAAACCGCCCUAAAAAAUACCCUGGAAUACAGUUAGUAAAAUACAGAGUGAUAAAUCUAUCGUAAGACACUCGUUAUCUCGGAAAAUAUUACUUUUUCAGGAAUUUGUUUUCUAGAAUAUUUAAGAAACAAUCUGCCCUACAAUUAUAUAUUUAUGUUAUUUUUUGUCACCCUUAUUUGUGGGUGUAAAACCACUUCCUACUUUUGAUUUUCAAAUGGCAACCUAUACAAAAAAAUGCCAUAAAUAAACGAAGUAUUAGUUAAAAUAAAUUUAGGUGUUGACAUUUUUAAUUUCCAUCAAUCGGUAGACGAGAUAUUCCAAUUUUAAGUAUGGAUUGGGAGAGAAUGUUGGUGCAUUAUUAAUAUUCGCGCGCCACACAAAUGAUACUCCACAACUCUCCUUUAACCCAAACUUAAAAGCGGAAUAUCUAGUCAACGGACUGACGGAAAUUAAUAAUUUCAACAUUAAAAUUGAUUUUAAGUAAUACUCCAUCUGUUCGUGGAAUUUUUAAUAUAGGUCAUCAUUUAAAAAUCAAAAGUAGGUACCUAGUGGUUUUACCCCUAAAAAUAAGGGAAACAAAAAAUAACACAAAUAUUAAAUUGUAGAGCAACUUACUUGUUCCUUAAAUAUUUUAGAAAAUAAAUUCCAAAAAAAGUUAAUACUUUCUGAAAUAAUGAAUAUCUUACGAUAGAUUAAUCAUCCCGUAAAAUUUUUUUUAAUUUUAUUUUUAUUAUAUACUCGCAUUCUAUUUGGUUAAGGCACAGAAAAAUAUUGAAAUUCACAAUCAAAAUAAUAGCUCAAAAGUUUUCCCGAAUCAUUAUCGUAAGAUUUAUUUAAAAAACCAUAUUCGUGCGAAAUGGAAAAAAACUAUCACUGACAUAACAAAAUGAAUAUAGAACAAUAUUUCCAAUGUAAAUAUUGUAAAAAUGCAUAUUUAUGAGAUUACUUCAAAAAUAUCCCAUACCUACUUACCUACUCACCUAAUCUCUCUUUCAACUUUUAUAUUAGGCAUUUUCUCUUUAAAAUAUUUAAAAAACUUAUCUAUUUACUUUUGUCUGUUUCGUGGGAACGUUUUUCUACUACUGAAAAUCCCCGAUAUAUAUCAUGUCCACUUAAUCGAUACUUAUAUACCAUUAUAUUUAUUAAAAGAAAUUAAAAACAUGUAUUACAAAAUAACAUGCUGUUAUAAAAAUUUAAAUGUUUUUAUUUAAUUUGAAAGGUAUUAGUCAUAAUUUAAAAUAAGUCUAUUUUUUACUUCCUUUUCGAGCUGUUGGUAUCUGCUCGAUCAAACUGAUGAACUUAUUUUAUAGAAACGGAAACGAUUGGCGAACAAUAGGGUAGCCGGCAGGUACCCAAAACUACAAUUAUACAAAAACCACCAUUUUUAUUGACUGCACAAAGGAAACACUUUUUUUUUUUUUUAUUCAAACGAUAAAUGAAAUACAAAAAGAUACCGACGGCGGCGUUUACAAUAGAUACCUAAAUACGUAAAAAACUAAAUGAAUACAUUCUUAUAGAAAUAAACAGGUAGGCUUUUUUUUUUGUUGACAAUUUCAUUGAUAUAAUUUUGUUCUUCCAGCUUGUCAAUCGGCCUGUGGUGUUUCAUUUGCUAUUCGAUACUCGACCGGAGAGUACAUAUGUGUUUAUACGUUCAAAUAAAUCUAAUCUACAUCAUUUCAAAUUACAUUAUUAUUAUACAUAAUUUGGAAGAAAUUAAAAUUAAUUAAUUGUAACUGCAGUUGAUUCCAACCAUAUUAAAGGUAAGUACCUAUCCAACAUUUAAUAGUUAAUGAAAUUAAGAGGACGUUAUACCCGCAUUUACUGUCUCAGUCCAACUACUUGGUAAUAUACAAAAACAAUGCUUGCACAGAAUAAGUAAAAUUAGCUUAAUUUUGAUUUUAGAGUAAAAGGACCUACUAUGCAAUUUAUAGAGAACAAUAUUUUGGAGAGAAUGUCAUAGGUUUUUUUUGAAUUAUGAACUAUUAAAAAAGUUACAGUUAUUUAAAAAAUAAAAAAAAUAAAAAAGUGUAUUGUUUCUUUUAUAUCGAUCUGUAUAUUAUAAAUAAUACAAAAAUCCUACGACAUUUUCUCCAAAAUAUCAUUCUCUUUAAAUUUUAUUAUAUGUACUUUUAUUCCAAAUUCAAAAUUAAGCUAGUUUUUCUUAUUCUGUAUAAGCAUUAAUUUUAUAUGUUACCCGAAAGUUGAACCGAGACAGUAGAUGGGGGUAUAACAUCAUCUUAAGAAGCUAGUGGUGUAGCCAGGAAAGGCACAUAGACUAGGGACAAAAAGGACUGUUGGGUUAGCGGGUCGUGUGGGCUACUAUAAUAUUAUGAAAUAUAUACUGUGUGAUAUAUGUACUUAUCAGAGCUCCUAUCAACAAAUCAUUUAAACUAUGAUAUUAUUUUAUUCAAUACAAAAACGAUUUAAAGAUUAUAAAUAAUUUAAUUUACAUAAGCCAGAGCUUUUUAAGUAUUUAAUAGCACAGAUAUUUUCAAAAUUACCUCAUCAUCUACUUCAAGGGUUUUCAAUUAUUUAUAUUAUAUUCCAAUAAAAAUGAAUAGGGUAUUACUGUGUAAUUACGAUUAUUUAUUAUUUAACAAUAAUAUAUUUUAAUUUGAUAUUUUUUUUAUUCAUUAAAUAUUAAAAAAAAACUACAUUGAAAAUGUAUUUCCAUUAAUCCAAUAACAAAUAUUAAUGUAUAAUAUGUUAUGGUGUACACAUGUUAUUAUACAUAGAUAUAAAAAUAAAUGAUUAAAUACUCUUAAAUCUUAUAGUAAUGAGGGUGGAGGGUUUCAAGCUCAUACAAUAGUAUAAAAGGGGGCAUAGGCUUCAAAAGGUUGAGAACUUAUUGGUAAAUCUUUCUUGAUCCAUACUUGCAUACAGUCAAUUAUAUCUACACAUAACUGAAAAUGAGUUCUAACAAAUUCCAAAAGAAAUAGGAAUUAUGUUGCUCAUUCACAUCAACUUAUGGAAACUUUUUAAAAACGAAUUUUUGUAACAUUGUUUUUUCAAGUCUUCAAAUUCAUAGUAUGCUGAUAAACUAUUUUUAAUACCAUCAUUUUUGCUGAUAAAUUACACGGUGAUAUUUGGAACUGUAUAAAUGCAUGCAUAAAAGAAAAAAUCCCAUUGUCUCAUUUACUAAUUAAGUAUACUAAUUUUUAUUGGAAAAAAAUGUUUUAAAAAUUUAAAAUAAAUAAUAUUUUUAUUUCUCAAUGGAAUAAAUAUCAAAAAUAUUUUAAAUUAAAAUUCUUACCAAAACUACAAUAAAUUAGGUGAUUCAUUUAAGUGGGUACACUCAUCAUAUCCGAAAAUGUUAAUUUUGUUUUUCAGAACAUUUAAGAAACAAGCAGCUCUACAAUUAUAUAUUUAUGUUAUUUUUUGUCACUCUUAUUUGUGGGAGUAAAACCACUUUUUAAUUUUGAUUUCCAAAUGGCAACCUAUAUAAAAAUGUCAUAAACAGACGAAGUAUUAGUUAAAAUAAAUUCAGAUGUUGACAUUUUUAAUUUCUGUUAAUCUAAAAUUGAUUUUAAAUAAUACUCCAUCUAUUUGUGAAAUUUUUAAUAUAGGUCGCCAUUUGAAAAUCAAAAGUAGGUACCUAGUGGUUUUAUCCCUAAAAAUAAGGGGAACAAAAAAUAACACAAAUAUAAAAUUGUAGAGCAACUCACUUGUUUCUUAAAUAUUUUAGAAAACAAAUUCCGAAAAAAGUUAAUACUUUCUAAGAUGAAAAUGUGUGUACCAACUUAAAUGAAUCACCUGGUUCAGUUAAUAACUUGGGAAAUAUUAAAAUUAAUAACUCAAGUAAAUUAUGGUUGUUUGUGCGCACCAAUGGAGUUAAUUAUAAGUAAAGACUACAUUUACACUAUGCAAAUAUAAUUGUUAAAUAUGCAUGCAAACAAACAUGAAAAAAGUUAAAAUAUGCACAAUAAAAUUUAAAUUAUUUAUUAUCCUUCAUAAUUUUAUUUGUUAAUUAUUAAUUAUUAUAAUUUAUAUAAACAAAAAGUUAAAUAUUAUAUAAUAUAGCAUACAUAUGCAAUACAAAAGUGUAAUAUUUAAUUUUUUGCUUAUAUAAAUUAAAAUAACUUAUAAUUAACAUUUAACUAAAAAGUAUAAUGCACUAAGAAUAAAUUUUGAAUUAUAAAUUGCAAAAACUGGUAUUUAGUUAUAACUUUAUAAAUAAAAAAAGUAGUAGUUAAGAAAUUAAUUUGUAAAAAAUUGGGUUUCACUUGUUCAUAGUUUAAUAAAAUAAAGACAGUUAAUGGAUGUGACAAUGUUUUAAGGGGGUAUUUGAAAAUAUGGAUAUAUACUAUAUUAUAUAGAGUAAUUUUGUUUAAAUCUGUAUACAAGAAUUGAUAUUAGAUAAGAUAACCACGAAAUUAACAUAAAUUACUAGUUUUUCUGAUUUAUUUAGAAAAUACAAGGAAAAUCAAAAAAAUGACUGUGCAAUACACCAAUCAUAUCAAAAAUUCUACAGGAAAGUACCUAUUACAUUAUUUAAGGGGCACAAAAAAUAAUAAUAAUAAACAUAUCAUAGUACAAUCAAUAAAUUCCUUGCUAAAAUUAGAAUUUGAAAAAAAAGUUUAUAAUUAAUUAAAAAUACAUAUUGAGAAUGUUAGACAGAUAUAACUAUGUUGUUGUAAUAUUUCUUAAGACUUAAGUUCUUUUUAUACAAAUAAAAGUUUGAAAUAAAACAAAUUUUUUUAAAAUAAUUAUUUGUAUCUGGAGUUGAUGUAUGAGUAUGCCUUAAUUAUCUUAAUUUUUUUUUUUGGAUGGACCAUUUAUGAAAUUUGAUAUUUACCAAUAUGUUAAGGUUAAAAUUAUUAAAAGCUUUAUUAAAACUAUUGUUUUUUUGUCAAUAUUAAUUAUCAACUAUUUAUUUCAGACUUAUUCCAUCAAAUAAUCCAGAUGAGUUCUACAAUUAUGAAUGGAGUAGGGUAUUGUGUGAACUCUGGUUACCAAAAAUAUACCAGAAGAUGGCUGCCAUUAAUAUUAGUGACAUUAUUAAUUAUUCAUUCAGUCUCAACAAAGACUUGUAUACAGGGUAGAAUAACAAAUAGAUAUACAAUUACAAAAUUGAAUUAUCUUCUAAACAGAACAAAUACAUUUUAUAAUAAUAAAAAAUAAAAACCCCUAUACAUUGUUCUACAUAUAUUUUUAAUUCUAUAAAGGUCAAAUAGAGAUAAAAUUUUAAGAAAACAAGUAUACCUAUAACUUAUAGACUAUAGUUAUAAAUUUAAGUAAUAAGUAAAUUUUAAAUUGUCAAAUGAAAAAAUGAUUGAAAAUCACAUAGCCAAAAAUAUAUUUAUGGCCUAUCAUAUUAUAAUCUAAAUAUUUGUAAAUAAUUUUUCCUGUUCUAACUCCCAUCACAAACCAAUAAAUACCAUGUCAAGAGGAAGAAAGUUUUCUACUCAUUACUUAUUCUAAAAUCACUUAAUUCCAAUUUCCCUAUCUCUGUUUAGUUUAUAUGUACCAAAUUUAAUUUAUACAAAAUAAAUAUAACUUUUUAAUUGACUUAGUGCCUAGGAGACCUCCAUCAACAACUUUUGGGAGCUUCCAGUAUAUAACAACUGUAGACAGAAAAUCCACAAGAGAUGUGUUGGUUUAUUGGCAUGACAUUAAUAAUGAAAAAUGUAACAAAUUAUUGGAGUAUCGAGCUUAUUAUACAACAAAACAUGAUAAUAUAACUAUGUCAGUAUAUAAUAUCAUUAAAAUAAAUGUACCUGUCAGCUUUUUAUUUUAACAAAUACAUUUUUUUAAUCAAUUUCUGUUAACAAGUUUAAUAACUUAGCCAUGAUUGCAACUGUAAAUUAGUAUUUAUUUAUUAUUACAGAUAUCACCCAAGUAAUUCUACACAUGUCAAUCAAGCUAUGUUUUUGGGACUCAGUACAAAUAUUGGAUACAACAUUGAAAUAUAUUCAAUAAAUAUAAAUGUAUUUUCCACAGAGUAUGCAACAAUUUAUGUGCCACCAAGUGCAUCAGAAGGUAAGUGGGAUUUAUUAUCAGCUACUAAACUGUAUUAUUAUUUAUUUGGUAAUGUUAUUGCAGAGCUUGAAAAAUUAUCAUCACUUACAAAAACUGAGUAUGAUGAACCAGGUGUAUUCAAAUUGACGUGGGUAAAUAGUGAGCAAAUGCAAUUUUCCACUGCAAAUAACUUUUACACUUUAUUUUGGUGUGAAAUUGAAAAUAACUAUCCAUAUCAAUGCAAUGUAUGUAAAACAGCAUCAAUUUAGUAGUUAAUAAUAUUAAUUUAAGUUAAAUACCUUUAAUUAAUGUACAGAGUAAUUUGAAUUGGACAUCAGUACUCAGUUCAAAAUCACAGCACAUUGUUUCUGUGUCAAAUACACUAAAAAAUUAUCAAUUUGCAAUAAGUGCCAAUAGUAAAGUGUUCAAAACCGAUAGCCAUAAUAAUAUUGACUAUAAUCAGUUUAAUACUCUCAGUACUGGUAUGGUAUGGGAAUUGUGUACUCUUCCACCUACCCCAGGUAAAGAGAUUUCAGUAAUUUUUUCAAUAUACAUACACUACAUUAAUAAAAUUGUUUCAAUUUAUUGAUGUUUAUAACUAUGUAAUAUUAAAUUGUUAUUUUUUUUUUUAGGAAACGGAAAAAUUAAAAACUUUUGGAUAACUGUAAUUUCAGGGACAUAUAUUGCGAUCAGAUGGAAAUUAGACUGUACAGACACAAUUGGCUUAAUUAAACAAUAUCGUGUAAUGGUUUGUCCAUUAGUAUCCAUACAUCAUUAUGAUUGCAAAGGUAAGAUAAAAUUUUGUUAAAAUUCUAAUUAAUAUUAACGUAUUAACAUUUUUACAUUAAAGUAAUGUACCAAUUUAAUUAACCAGUAAAUUUAACUUAACAAUUAUUAUUAUAACUUUUCAUUCAACUUCUUCUCUUUUCACUUCCAAAAAAUAUUAGAAAAAAAAAUAAGAAUAAAAUAAUAACUAGAGUACUUAUAUUUAUUUAUAUUGUUAUUGCAAUUCCCAAUACUGACAAUUUAAAAAAUUAAGAGUAAUUUUAAAAAAUCCUAUUAGUAAUUAUAAUCAUUGAUAAAUUAUGUUUAUUAUUUUUAAUUUUCAUUAAAAACAUUUCAUAUUUUAGAACCAAUGAAAAUAAAAAUCAUAAACUUAAGACCAAGAGUAAUAAAGAAUAGUUUCCAAUCUUACAUUUUCAAUCUUCAGCCAUCCACAAUGUACAAGACUGCUAUUUCAAUAACUUUUAAGAACAAUGCAGGCAUAUUUAGUGAUCCUGUGCGUUUUACUACAAGCAAUACAAAUGGCACUAUCACACUAUAG